AUGGGAUGUAAUAUGUGCGUGGUCCAGAAACCGGAGGAGCAGUACAAAGUGAUGCUUCAGGUGAACGGGAAGGAGCUCUCCAAGCUGUCUCAGGAGCAGACCCUGGAGGCCCUGCGUGCCUCCAAGGAGCCCCUGGUGAUCCAGGUGCUGAGACGCAGUCCCCGCCUACGGGGGGAUGGCUCCUCCCACGACCUGCAGCUGGUGGACAGUGGCACUCAGACCGACAUCACCUUCGAGCAUAUCAUGGCGCUGGGCAAGCUGCGCCCACCCACCCCGCCCAUGGUCAUCCUGGAGCCGUACGUCCCGUCUGAGCUCCCCCCCAUCAGCCAUGAGUAUUAUGACCCGGCGGAGUUCAUGGAGGGCGGCCCGCAGGAGGCAGACCAUAUGGAAGAGCUGGAGUAUGAGGAGGUGGAGCUGUAUAAAACCAGCCACCGGGACAAGCUGGGCCUGAUGGUCUGUUACCGCACGGAUGACGAGGAGGACCUGGGCAUCUACGUUGGAGAGGUGAAUCCCAACAGCAUCGCAGCCAAAGACGGCCGCAUCCGCGAGGGAGACCGCAUCAUCCAGAUAAAUGGUGUGGACGUCCAGAACCGGGAAGAAGCAGUGGCCAUCCUGAGCCAGGAGGAGAAUACCAACAUCUCCCUGCUGGUGGCCCGGCCUGAGAGCCAGCUGGCGAAGCGGUGGAAGGACAGUGACCGGGAUGACUUCCUGGAUGAUUUUGGCUCUGAGAAUGAGAGGGACCUGCAGGCGCAGAAGCUGAAAUCCCCCCCUGCCCAGCAGCUUGGAAACGAAGAGGAGAAAGGGGCCCCUGAUGCGGGCCCGGGCUUGAGCAACAGCCAGGAGCUGGACAGCGGCGUGGGCCGGACGGAUGAGAGCACACGCAACGAGGAGAGCUCCGAGCACGACCUGCUGGGGGACGAGCCCCUGAGCACUGCCAACACGCCCGGGCCCUUGCGCAAGUUUGGCCUGCAAGGGGACGCCCUGCAGAGCCGCGACUUCCACUUUAGCAUGGACUCCCUGCUGGCCGAGGGCGCAGGGCUGGGUGGCGGCGACGUGCCGGGCCUCACGGAUGAGGAGUACGAGCGCUACCGCGAGCUGCUAGAGAUCAAGUGCCACCUGGAGAAUGGCAACCCCCUGGGCCUCCUCUUUCCCCGCGCCGCCGGCGGCAACGGCGCCCUGGAUGUCAACCGCAACGAGAGCGUGGGCCACGAGGUGGCCGUGCUGGAGGAGGAGCUGCGACACCUGGAGUUCAAGUGCCGCAACAUCCUGCGGGCGCAGAAGAUGCAACAGCUGCGGGAGCGCUGCAUGAAGGCCUGGCUGCUGGAGGAGGAGAGCCUCUACGACCUGGGGGCCGGGGAGCCCAAGAAGCACGAGCUGUCUGACAUCUCCGAGCUGCCUGAGAAGUCGGACAAGGACAGCACCAGCGCCUACAACACGGGUGAGAGCUGCCGCAGCACUCCGCUGCUGGUGGAACCCCUGCCCGAGAGCCCCCUGAGGCGGGCGACCGCCGGGGGCAACUCCAACCUGAACCGGACCCCCUCCGGACCCCCUGGCGCCGCCCACCCCAAGGCUGCCCCUCCGCAGGGGAGUCCCGCCAAGUUCCGAUCCCUCUCCCGGGAUCCCGAGGUGGGCCGGAGACAGCACGCAGGGGAGCGGGUCCGCCGCGGCCCCAAGACGGGGGUGACCCUGGAGCGCGUGGGCCCCGAAGGCAGCCCUUACCUGUCACGGCGCCACCGCGGCCAGGGCCAGGAAGGCGAGCACUACAACAGCUGCAUGCAGCUGGCUCCGCCGCGCGGUCUGGAAGAGCUGGGCCACGGUCCCUUGAGUUUGGCCAGUGGCCCUCGGGUGGGUGGCGUGGCGGCGGUGGCCACCGAUGCGCCCCGCAUGGAGUGGAAGGUCAAGGUGCGCAGCGACGGGACCCGCUAUGUGGCCAAGCGACCCGUGCGGGACCGCCUCCUAAAGGCCCGGGCCCUGAAGAUCCGGGAGGAGCGCAGCGGCAUGACGACCGAUGACGACGCGGUGAGCGAGAUGAAGAUGGGCCGCUACUGGAGCAAAGAGCAGCGGAAGCAGCACCUGCUCCGUGCCCGGGAGCAGCGCAAGCGGCGCGAGUUCAUGAUGCAGAGCCGGCUGGAGUGCCUGCGGGAGCAGCAGAGCGGCGACAGCAAGGCUGAGCUCAACAUCAUCGCCCUGAGCCACCGCAAAACCAUGAAGAAGCGGAACAAGAAGAUCCUGGACAACUGGAUCACCAUCCAGGAGAUGCUGGCCCAUGGCACGCGCUCAGCCGAUGGGAAGCGGGUCUACAACCCUCUGCUCUCUGUCACCACUGUCUGAGCCCAGCUGUGCUCCGGGGCACGGGUCCUCCGCCCUGGCCCAGGUCCACUGAGCCUGCCGGGACCCCGUCUUCUGCUCUCCCGUAGACUCUAGCGUGUGUCUGUGUGUGUGCGUGGGACUUUGUUACCAGACAGAAGCCCCUGAAGGAGGAGGGACGCUUCUCUCCAUCGGUGACUUCCUUCUCCCCAAGUACAGUGACCACAUCAACAGCUGGCCCUGGGGCAGACCCGUAUCGGUCCCCCCUUCAGCCGUAGGCGUGUGUGUGUGUGACACGAGCUCAGACACAUGUACGCACACAGACACAUGCACUUCCCUCCAGAGUGCUCUCAGCGCGGGCACUUGGGGACAGGGAAGUCCACUGAAAAGAAGAGGCAAAGAAGACUGUCCUAAGCACAAGAGAAUGUCCGUUACUUGUAGACAAAGGCAACCCUGAUUUUUGUGGUUCUUUUCCUUUUCUGUGCUUGC